CUCCGCAGGCCAGCCUGAGCCAGGUAGAGCUGGAGAAUCACCCGCCUGUUGCUGGCAACCGGUUCAGAGGAGCGCCGACUCCAUCCUGCGAUCCUGCCGCGCCCUGGUCUGGAGCUCGCCGGCCCACGGGCGGCAUGAUCCCCGCUGAGAGCGGCCUGGGCGGCGGGGCUAGGGCGCGGAUGCUCCGGGCCGCCCGGGGGCUGCAUGCCGACCUGAGGGGCGCGGCCGCCGGGCCUUGGAGAGGCCUGACUCUCACGCCGAAGCCCGAGGGGCCGCGACCCCGAGACAAGGAGGAUGAAGCAGCAGGACACGAGUUCCGUGAGUCCUGGGACAAGGCCUCGGAGUCAGGGGCUUCCCGGGGCCUCCUGAUGGGCAGGAGGUGGGCUGAGUCAAGGGACUGCAGCGACUGGCAAGGCUGCCUCAAAGAAGCAGUACUGCCAAUUGAGAGACACUUUCAUAAUGCUGCUAAAAGCAAUCAUUUGGAUCUUAUGGAGAAGCUGUUUAAAAAGAAGGUUAACAUUAAUGCUGUGAACAAUAUGAACCGAACAGCCCUGCACUUUGCAGUGGGUAGAAAUAAUUUAUCUGCAGUGGAUUUCUUGCUGAGUCAUAAAGCCAGGGUGGAUGUUGCUGACAAGCAUGGGCUGACAGUAAUUCACCUUGCAGCCUGGUCUGGAAGCUUCGAGGUCAUGCUCAUGCUGGUUAAAGCUGGAGCAGACCAGAGAGCCAAGAGCCAGGAAGGAAUGAAUGCCCUCCACUUUGCAGCUCAGGGCAAUAACCUGCACAUCGUGGACUACCUCAUUCAAGACUUGCACUUGAAAGACCUGAACCAGCCUGAUGAGAGAGGAAGAAAACCAUUUCUUUUGGCAGCUGAGAAGGGCCAUGUGGAAAUGAUUGAGAAACUCACCUUCCUUAAUCUUCAUACUUCAGAAAAGGACAAGGAGGGAAACACUGCACUGCACCUGGCAGCAAUGCAUGGCCACAGCCUAGCAGUGCAGGCCCUGCUAACUCAGUGGCAAGAAGUAAAUGAGACCAACGAGAAUGGAGAAACGCCAUUCUUUUUGGCUGUUGAAGGAGGUCAUGAAGAAUGCAGUCGAAUGCUCCUGUCAGCAGGAAGUGAUGUCAACAUCCCAAAUAAACUCAACGUCAGUGCUUUGCAGACGGCCACCAGGAAUGGCCAUGUAUCCCUUGUCAACUUUCUUCUCAGUGAGAACAUUGAUCUGCAGCAGACCAGGGAACCUACUGAGUCCCCUCUUCACUUAGCAGUUAUCAACAACCACAUUACAGUUGUUAACAGCUUAUUAAGUGCUCAGCAUGAUCCUGACAUCUUAGAUCAGAGGCAGCAAACCCCUCUUCACGUAGCUGCUAAUCUUGGAAAUGUGGAGUUGGUGGAAACGCUGUUGAAGGCCGGCUGUGACUUGAAGAUCACGGACAAGCAAGGAAAGACUGCCCUGGCAGUGGCCUCCAGGAGCCACCACAGCCUUGUUGUGGAUAUGCUCAUUAAAGCCGAGAGGUACUAUGCCUGGAAAAAGGAGCAUCAAGAGAGCAUCCAGGACCCACCAGCAGGCUCUACCCUGACAUUCAAGCAAGACCAUAGUCUGGAGACCAAGCACAUCCGCAUGCAUCUCUGGAAACUGGCUUACCAUCAGCUGAAGGCUAAUGACUGGCAGAGGCUGGCCCACUUAUGGCGCUUUACAGAUGACCAGAUCAGAGCCAUUGAGGAACAGUGGUCAGGUAAAGACAGCUUCCGUGAGCACGGCUACCGGGCUCUGCUCAUUUGGCUGCAUGGGGCCCUGAUGAUGCAGUCAGAUCCAGCCAAACACCUGUAUGAAGAGCUCAUGCGUGCAGGCUUCCCAGAACUAGCUGAAAAGAUUCGCCAAUUCAAAAGUAAAACUGACUCAAGCUCCAAGAAAUGUGUAGUUUCAUAAGUGCUUGAAGAAAUAGAAUUCAAAUGAUUUUUCACUUUCAUAUUCAGUCUAACUUUGGUUCCUGACUGCCACUGACUUCUCCCAGCAGCACCGAUUUCCUAGUACAAAGUUGCCGCUCCUCCAGCAGGUGAAAGUAACACAUCAACUUCCCACUGCUCCAGAGUCACACACUGGUUUUGUCUUUUUCUUAAGGCAAGCUGUAUGGUUCUUGCCCAUUUCUGUCAUUUGAUGCACACAUGGAGCAGCAUGCCUAAAGAGGUUCUCUCUGUUUAAAAAACAAACUGAUGAUGGGAGCAGCAUGGUGGCCUAUGGAGAAGCAGGGCUAGAAUACAAUACAGUUCUGAAUUGGAUUCUUAGCUGUAAAUGGUGGGGAUGUUGCUAUUAUUGAAAUUUUCAGGCCUUGCUUCCUUUUCUACUGAACAGACAAAAUGUCCCCUCCAGAAAUUGGGGAAGAUGAUAGAAAAACACCCAGAAAACACCUGACCUCAAGCCCAUAGUACAGAGACCAUGAGUUCUUAUCUUUGUAAGAGAAAACACAUUUGGAAAUCCAGUCACUGGUGGCUUUAAUCACUAAGUGUAAUCUAUUAUUUAGGAAAAACAGAAAGACAUAAAGCAGUGUUUUUUAUCCCUUGGUAAUGUAACUACAGGUCAUUUUAUUUUUCUUUGUGCCUUGUGAUAUAUCUAAUUUCUCCACAAUGAACAAGCGUUACUUUCUGUAAUGUGAGAAAGUUAUGAAACAGAUGUGAAAUGAGGUAUUAAUUUUCAUUAGUGUAUGGUCACCCAGAGUCAAAUUCUGACUGUAAGUCUAUAAAACUGAUGAUAAAGUCACGAGUAAUCUUGGUCUACUUAUUCUAUCAUGAAUUUAGAGUUUCAUGUAUUUUUCUUAUAUUUGUUGUAAAUGGUCCAUUUAAUGCUAUGAAUACUUAAAACAGGUAAUACACUCACGUGAUUUCAGAAUUUUUUAAAGGCAUUAAAUGAGGUCUCAUGUCUACUCAUUCUUCAGUUUGGCAAGUUUCCACUGAUCUUACUACCAUUCUUCCCCCAAAUUUGAGUAACCCAUUUGUAAAAAUAAAUAUAUACUCUUACUGUAUAAAGUGUUUCAAUUGUUGGAAUUUGCUCUUUUUUUUUCUUGAGAUAGUGUCUCACUACGUAGUUCUGCCUGGCCUGGAACUCUCUUAUGGAGAUUGGCCUGGAACUCA